AGCAGGUUACAAAUGCCUUAAAUAAGCCAGGAAUUCUAAACAAAUAUGUUUCUUUUCCUUUUAAACUUCAAGAGAGACAGCAAAUUAAAAGAGCGUUCUACAGACGUUUCAAGAUGCCAGGUUGCUUGGCCUGCAUUGAUGGAACACAUGUGGCCAUAGUCUGUCCACAUGAACAUGAAGAGAGAUUUUAUAAUAGAAAAGGUUACCAUUCUCUAAAUGUUCAAAUAGUAUGUGAUGCAAAUUUAAAUAUUUUAAAUGUAGACUCAAGCUAUCCAGGAUCUACACAUGAUAGUGUAAUAUGGGCAAAUCACCCAUUAAAUCCCUAUUUGGAGCGGCUACAUACUGUAUCUGGAGAGGACUUAUAUCUUUUGGGUGAUUCUGGUUAUCCACUGAGGCCUAUUAUGAUGACACCUGUCUCCGAUUCAGAGCCUGAUACUCCGGAGGAUAACUAUCAAAACAUGCAUCUAACAGCUAGAAAUACAGUUGAACGAUGUAUUGGAGUUUUAAAAGGCCGCUUCAGGUGUUUACUGGGUGACCGAAAGCUACAUUAUUCACCUACAGUUGCAGCUAAAAUAACAAAUGCAUGUUGUGUUCUACAUAACAUUGCAAACAGACACAAUCUGCCAUUUCAACCUUUGACCAGUGCUGAGGCAGAGGCAGAGCGUAGACGCCAGGAAGGCGCUAGCGGUAGUAUGCCUGGAACUGGAGGUGGCGCCUCUGUUCUUAGUCAAUUAGAGCUGGGAAGUGCACGUAGAUAAGCUCUUAUUCAACUAUUGUGGUCUAACAGGGAAAUUGAUGAUUAAGUUUAAAUAAUAUACUAUGUACUUGUGUCCUUUAUUUAUUGGAAAAACAAAAAAAAAUUGUUCAUCUGGUACAAUAGGGACCAAUACUGAAUGAGUUUCUUUCAGCGUUCCUUCAGUAGUUGUUCUGAAAUGCUAGUAGUAUGUAGCUUUGAUAAUAACUGAAUAAAUGCUUUGACUUUGACUUCAGCAUUUAAUUCCAUGCCCAUUCCUGUCAAGUAGCAAAAUCAACUGAAAUAUAUCAAAUUUUACAAUUGCAAAUACAUACAUACAUUUUACAAUAUUUGUACAUAUCAACUUAUUACACUAAUUAUUAUAAACCUAAACUUUGAAUAUACUCUUCAGUCUUUUGAAUAUUUAAAAAAUGUAUA